AUGUCAACCCUAUUCAGCCAGCUGGAGGAUCUCAUUCGCUCCGGGCACGAUAAUGCCAGUGCUGCCGCUGUAUUAGCCCAGCUAGGCACACCCUGCGCCUCAGUCGCCAUCAUGGAAGACGGCGUAAUAUCAUCUCACUGCUUCUCGACCGGCAAAGACGACACAGAGACCAUCUUCCAAGCCUGCAGCAUCUCAAAACCAACGUUUGCAGUCGCCUUGAUGAAACUUAUCGACGAAGGCAAGCUCAGCCUUGAUAGCCGCAUUGGUGAUUUAUUGCCACAGGAUGUUCUGGACAUUUUAACAAGAGGUGCAACUACUGCUCGCACAUCUGCCAUCAAAGGCAUCACUGUCUCGCAGCUUCUAAGCCAUACCUCUGGGCUCUCUCAAGGCGGUUUCCCAGGCUACUCUGUUUUGGACGAUGCGCGGAUUCCAACAACGCGCGAGGUACUAGCUGGAGCAUAUCCCGUCAAUACGAAAGACGUGCAUUUGCAGGGCUUUCCGGGCCAAUCGCUGUCCUAUUCCGGUGGUGGAUUCACAGUGCUUCAGUUCAUCUUUGAAGCAAUUACGAAAAAGGACUUGCCCUCGGCGAUGCAAGAUAUCGUCCUUGGGCCUCUGGGCAUGACGAGGUCUUUUUACAACCAACUGCCGCCUGGAGAAAAGAAUUCAGCAAAGGCGCAUUAUACAGGCUAUACUCCCUGUGAAGAUGCUCAGCGUGUCAAUCCUGAACAAGCGGCGGCGAGUUUAUGGACUACACCUAGUGAUCUCUUGAAGCUUGUCAGGGCUGUGCAACAAUCUCUCCAGAGCUCUAACAAUAGCGGCUUUCUUCGACAAGAAACAGCAAAGACGAUGUUGACGGUCGUAGAUCUGGAUAUAGCACAUUCAUGGUUCAUACCAGGAGAUUCACGAACAGUCUUUUCGCAUGGCGGCAGCAACUGGCCGGGCUUCAGAACAUAUGUAGCAGGAUACGCGAAUCUUCCAGGCGGAAGUAAAUUCGAGGUGCCAAGCAACUGCGGCAUCUCCAUCAUGACUAAUUCGGCAGAAGGCGAUUUUGCAAUAUGGAAAUUAUUGCAAGCCAUACCGUACCUGAAGAAGUGGCCAGAGAUUCCUUUACCCGUAGGCUACCCGGCGAUUGUGCCACUAGGAGCUCCGAAAGAAGAAGUUGACGGUGGGUGGAAGCGCUGGAUGGGCAAUUGGACAUGUGGAAAAAAGAGUUGGAGCAUUCAGGCCGAUGAGGCUGGUCAACCGACUAUUCAGUAUGACGAGCUGCUUCCUUUCCCGCUGCUGGUAGCGGCGAUGGCAGCGAAGGGUAGCAGUGAGGUGGUGAACUUGGUAGUGGAUGGUCUGGAGGUGUUGAUACGGUUGCAUGAUGAUGAUACGGUAGAGGUGAUGAAUGGGAAGAGCUCAAAGAUUAUCAAGUUGGUUAGGGCUUGA